UCCCGCUCUCUCUCUCUCUUUCACACACACACACACACACACACACACACACUAUCGCUUAACUUAGCCCAGUAGAUAAAGGGAAAGUGUCGAGCACACACAACGCUUCUUCCACUUCUCUCUCUUUCUAGCUAUGUGUUGAUUGUCCCUCUCUCUCUUUCUCUCUGUAUCGACGACUCGCUCUUGUUAGACAUGGCAAGGAAUUGGCUUAUUGACUGUAAAGGAAUUGCAACAAAAGUGAAAAAUGCCAAUCUAUCUCCUGCAUUUCAAAUCAAAGACUCUGGCGCAAAUCGUGAAUGCCCAAAAUGCCAUUACCGCAUUGAUAAUAGUGAUGUGUCCCAUGAAUGGCCUGGAUUUCCUGCUGGUGUGAAGUUUGAUCCAUCUGACGUAGAGAUCUUAGAACAUUUAGCUGCAAAAUGUGGAGUAGGAAAUUCAAAACCGCAUAUGUUUAUUGAUGAAUUCAUCCCAACAGUUGACAAAGAAGGAGGAAUAUGCUAUACCCAUCCAGAAAAUCUUCCAGGUGUGAAAAUAGAUGGAAGUAGUGUCCACUUCUUUCAUAGAACUAUCAAUGCAUAUGCUACCGGUCGACGGAAGCGGCGCAGGAUUCAGAAUCAACAUAUCCGCUGGCACAAGACAGGCAAGACCAAGCCUGUGAUGGAAAAUGGAGUGCAGAAGGGCUGCAAGAAGAUCAUGGUUCUUUAUAAAACUUCAAAGAGAGGUUCCAAGCCUGAUAAGUCUAACUGGGUGAUGCACCAAUAUCAUCUGGGGACUGAUGAAGAUGAAAUAGAAGGACAAUUUGUGGUUUCGAAAAUUUUUUCUCAGCCGCAGAAGCAAAUUGACAAUAGUGUUAAAUCUCAUGUUGUCGAAGAUUUUGAUAUGGGAACAAUUCAAACUAGUCCACGGACUCCGAAGACAAAUACUCCCAAUCCACCUCGGCCAGGAAAAUCUUUUUCAUGUGAUGAUAUGAUAGAUGAUUAUGCACCCCAGUCAUCAGCACAACAGGAAGCAGAGUUUGCCACAGAAACAUCUCAUCCUUCUUCCUCUACGCCUCACUUCAAGGACGAAUUGGAGACUCAGACUUGGUUGGCAGGUGAAUCACAAGCUCUCGAUGGGAAUGGUGUGGAUGACUCAUUGUUAUGCAAUGAGAUUUUCAGUUCCUAUUCUGCUCUUUCAGGACUAAAUCAUGGUCCGUUCAGUGACGUUGCUCGCUUCACUAAUGAUGUUCCUGUGGGAGAUAGAAAUCCAUCUUGUGGAAUUGCUGAUCUUGAGAACCUAGACCUGGGUACCCCGCCUGAUUUCCAGCUUGCAGAUUUGCAGUUUGGCUCUCAAGAAAGCAUUCUUGGUUGGUUAGACCAUUUGUCAAGCAAUGAGUGAUGAAACUAGUUUUCCAAUACUUGGCAAUGAAAUCCCAAUUUUACACCAUCCCUGAGGAAAAAAGAACUUUCAUUGUUUUGAUAAGGUUGUGAUUCAAUGGUGAAAUGCUGUCGAAUUGAGAGACAUCUGAUGCUUUCUGCUAGUUAGUUUUUUCCUAGAAGCUGUGAAGGCAAGUCAGGUCAUGGAGUUAUUUGCUGUGUGCUACCAUAAAUCACCGUUGGGAAGCUGGUUCGGUGAUCAAGCAGAAAUGACACAAAUUUUGGUUUUUGAGUUUCAGAUGCCUAAUCCUUGCGAUUCCUCAACCACCCCCCCCACAAAAAAAAAAAAAAAAAAGAAGAAAAAAGAAAAAGAAAAGAAAAUGUUGAUUGCUACUUAUUCUGUUGUUUAUGAUAUGGAUUAAUACAUGAACAUAUGUGAUUUGGUUUGAACACAAACACUGUCAUUUGUAUUAAAUGGAUCACGUAUUGUUGUUGUCUUCA